AAUAUAAGGAAAUAAAUCAUUACAUUCAAAUGCCUAAAUGCAAUCUAACCAUUAAUGCUAGAAUCAUAUAUAUAAUUUUAUCAAUUCAAUCAUUGAUGUGAUUGAAUCUCCUAAUUCCUUAACAAUUACUAGUCGGAACAAUUAUUGCAGUAUUUGCUUUGAUGCUUGGCUUAGGUUUCAUUCUAUUCUUUUUUUCUUGGAGGAAGCAAAAAAAAAAAAGAUGUUCUUCCCAUUGAUAUGUCCUUUGGUGAUGAACUUCAGUUGGGACCUAGGGAGUUUUCUUACGAUGAAUUGUCUAAGGCAACAAAGAAUUUAGCAGAUGAGGAGAAGAUUGGCAAGGGAGGGCUUGGAGCAAUUUAUAAAGGUUUCUUGAGGGAUUCAAAUACAAAUGUUGUUGUUAAAAGGGUUUCAAGGGGGUCCAAACAAGGCAUUAAGGAGAGCUCUUACUCGCUUAUGAGUUCAUGCCUGGUGGUUGCCUCAAUUCCCAUCUCUUCAAAGGAAGAAGCUUGUUACCAUGGAAGAUUAGAUACAAAAAUCGGGCAGGGCAUAGCAUCAACAUUGUUGUAUCUACAAGAAGGAGAUUUCUGUGUACUGCAUAGGGAUAUAAAAGCAAGCAACAUUAUGUUAGAUUCAGCUUUCAAUGCUAAGCUGGGGGAUUUUGGGUUAGCCAGACUAGUUGACCAUGGAAAAGGGUCACAAACAACUCUACUGGUUGGAACUACGGGUUACAUUGCUCCUGAAUGUCACAUAACAAGUAAGACAAAUAAGGAGUCAGAUGUUUAUAGCUUUGGAGUUGUGGCACUUGAAAUUGCAUGUGGUAGAAAGUCAAUAGAGCCUACAUGUGAGGAGCAACAAGCAUCAUUGGUGGCUUGGGUUUGGGAAGCGUAUGGGAACCAAACGCUUCUUGAUGUAGCUAACAAGAAACUCUCUAUAGAUUUUAAUGUAAAAGAGAUGGAGUGGUUGUUGCUUGUUGGGUUAUGGUGUACACAUCCUUCUCAUGGUAUGAGAUCGUUAAUUACGUAAGCAAUCGAGGUGCUUAAUUUUGAAGCGCUUCCAAAUCUUUCAAGUAAGAUGCAUGUUGCUAAUUAUAAUGCUAUACCUGGCCCUUCUACCAUCAUAAUAAGUGAACCUGGUUCAAUGAGCAUUACUGCCCCUCGCUAAUUUUUGUGCCAAAACUGCCACAAGUACUUUAGACUAUUUCAGAUUUUCAUUGUUAUGAAACUUAUUUCCUUCACUGUUUACCACAAAAUCACGUAUUGAGUUGUUUGUUUUGUUUUCUAGUUGUGUAAAUGUGGUUACUUAAUAGAUAAAUUUUCACUGU